AUUUUAGAAAUUAAGAUCUCAAUUGCUCAGCUCGAUCCAAACCAUACUACAAGUAAAGGGGCCACUUGCAGUUUGAAUCAUUGUGGCCACAAUGGUUUUUAUCAUGGAGCUUUUAGUUUCAGUCCCGAUGAUUGUCCUACUUGCACUUUUCCUUCUUGGAAAGAUGAGUAUUUUUCUCAGAACCAAACAGAUAUCGAAAUCGGACUUCCAGAAAUUACCUCCGGGCAGCUCAGGCUGGCCGGUGGUGGGAGAGACACUUGACUUGCUGAGGGCCAACUUGGAAGGGAAUCCCCUCAGGUUCACCAAGGACCGAGUUGAAAAGUACAACUCAUUGGUCUUCAGAACUAGUGUACUGGGGGAGCAGAUGGUGGUAAUCUGUGGGCCUGCCGGAAACAAGUUUGCAUUCUCGAACGAGGGCAAGAAGGUGGUUUUAUGGUGGCCCAGCUCCUUGCGGCGGCUGGUUGGGCCGUCCUUUAUCCACAAGGUCGGGGACGAGGCCCGGACGAACAGGAAGUUGUUGGUGAGCUUCUUCAGCGUCGAGUCGCUGAUAAAUUGCAUCCCCACCAUCGACGAGGUCACCCGCAACCACCUUGCGACUCAUUGGCAAGGUAAAGAGGAGGUUAAGGUUUACCCGACCAUCAAGCACCACAUAUUCGAGCUGGCAUGCCGGCUCUUCAUGAGCAUCUCUGAACCGGAGCUUGUCUCAAGGCUCUCUGUCCACUUCCACUACUUUUCCAAAGGACUCAUGUCGAUCGCUUUGGAUUUCCCUGGGACUCAGUUCCAUGCUGCAAUGAGAGCUGCAGAGGCGAUAAGAAGAGAGCUCCUGGUUCUGGUGAGGCAAAGAAGGAUCGAUCUCAACAACAAAGUGGCUUCCCCCACACAGGAUCUUAUGUCCUUUUUGCUGUCGAACCCGGACGAAGAUGGAAAAUUCAUGCCCGAAGUGGAAAUAACAAAUAAUAUUCUAGGUCUGCUCUAUGGGGCGCACGGUUCUUCUACCUCUACCAUAACCUUACUGAUCAAAUAUCUCGGCGAGCUGCCACAAGUUCGGGAGAAGGUUCUUGCCGAGCAAAGGGAGAUUGCAGCAUCAAAGGCAGCAGGAGAAUUUCUCACGUGGGAGGACUUGAAAAGGAUGAGAUAUUCGUGGAAUGUUGUGUCUGAAGUGAUGCGAAUGACUCCUCCGCUCAUCAAUAUGUAUAGAGAAGCCUUGGUCGAUAUCGAAUACGAAGGCUAUACCAUUCCCAAAGGUUGUAAGCUAUACUUGAGUAUUUCCUUCACACAUGAUGAUCCGAAUUGCCACCCAAACGCUAUGGAGUUCAACGAAUCUCGAUUCGAGGGAUCCGGGCCUCCUCCUUACUCUUACGUGCCCUUUGGAGGUGGACCGAGGAUGUGCCUAGGGAAAGAGUUUGCUCGUGUCGAGAUCUUGAUCUUCCUGCACAAUCUUGUUAACCGCUUUGAUUGGGACUUAUCGAUACCGAACGAGAAAAUCAUAUACGACCCGUUGCCGGUCCCGGUCAAUGGACUCCCUGUUCAUCUCCGACCUCGCGAUCCUUAAGAUUUAUUCCAGCUGUUAUAUCGCUUCCAUCAGCCCUAGAGGACAGAGCAGUGGCUUUGGGACCUCUUACCGUUUACAUUUUGGAGAUGGCAAUGAACGCUGUCAUCAAAUUUAUCAAUAUCAUAUUUAAGAAAUAUAAUAAUUGGAGUGGGCUGUUUCAUAUGGGUUCUGUAAGUGGGAAUUAUUACUGGCGAUGCAUAGCUGGUAACACCUAAUACUUUCUUUGUUCUCUUUUGAUACGAGUAUAUUUAGUCUAUUGAUUGAGAAUAA